GCCCGCAGGUGCCGGGCGCCAUGGCCCCCCCCAAGGACAUCAUGACCAACUCGCACGCCAAGUCCAUCCUCAACGCCAUGAACGCCCUGCGGAAGAGCAACACGCUCUGCGACGUCACCCUCCGCGUGGAGCACAAGGACUUCCCGGCCCACCGCAUCGUCUUGGCCGCCUGCAGUGACUACUUCUGCGCCAUGUUCACCAGCGAGCUCUCAGAGAAAGAUAAACCCUAUGUAGAUAUCCAGGGACUGACAGCCUCCACCAUGGAAAUCCUGCUAGACUUUGUGUAUACAGAAACUGUUCACGUGACAGUAGAAAACGUCCAAGAAUUGCUCCCAGCAGCAUGUCUGCUUCAGCUGAAAGGUGUGAAACAAGCUUGCUGUGAGUUUCUGGAAAGCCAGCUGGAUCCAUCAAAUUGUUUGGGCAUUCGGGAUUUUGCUGAGACACACAAUUGUGUUGAUCUAAUGCAAGCUGCAGAGGUCUUCAGCCAGAAACAUUUUCCAGAGGUGGUUCAGCAUGAAGAGUUUAUCCUCUUAAAUCAAGAAGAGGUUGAAAAGCUCAUCAAGUGUGAUGAAAUUCAGGUGGACUCUGAAGAGCCAGUUUUUGAGGCAGUUAUAAACUGGGUGAAGCACUCAAAAAAAGAACGAGAAGCAUCGCUGCCAGAACUGCUGCAGUAUGUGCGCAUGCCACUUCUCACCCCCCGCUACAUCACAGAUGUCAUCGACACCGAGCCUUUUAUACGAUGCAGUCUGCAGUGCAGAGACCUCGUAGAUGAAGCUAAGAAAUUUCAUCUUCGUCCCGAGCUCCGGAGUCAGAUGCAAGGACCCAGGACAAGAGCACGUCUAGGAGCUAAUGAAGUCCUGCUUGUGAUCGGGGGCUUUGGCAGCCAGCAGUCACCUAUUGAUGUUGUGGAGAAAUAUGACCCAAAGACUCAGGAGUGGAGUUUCUUGCCAAGCAUUACCCGUAAGAGGCGCUACGUUGCUACAGUGUCCCUGCAUGAUCGGAUCUAUGUGAUUGGGGGGUAUGAUGGUCGCUCUCGUCUCAGCUCGGUGGAGUGCUUGGAUUAUACAUCAGAUGAGGAUGGUAUCUGGUACUCUGUGGCUCCAAUGAAUGUACGGCGAGGCCUGGCAGGAGCCACAACCCUUGGAGACAUGAUCUAUGUUUCCGGUGGGUUUGAUGGAAGCCGACGUCACACCAGUAUGGAACGAUACGACCCAAACAUUGAUCAGUGGAGUAUGCUGGGAGACAUGCAGACAGCACGGGAAGGAGCAGGGCUUGUCGUAGCUAAUGGAGUUAUCUACUGCCUUGGUGGCUAUGAUGGGCUGAACAUACUGAAUUCUGUAGAGAGGUACGAUCCCCACACUGGACACUGGACAAAUGUCACCCCAAUGGCCACUAAGCGCUCAGGGGCUGGAGUGGCUCUGCUGAAUGACCAUAUUUAUGUAGUUGGUGGGUUUGAUGGGACAGCACAUCUCUCCUCCGUGGAAGCCUAUAAUAUUCGCACUGAUUCCUGGACAACUGUAACAAGCAUGACAACCCCCCGCUGCUAUGUGGGAGCCACCGUGCUGCGAGGAAGGCUGUAUGCAAUCGCUGGAUAUGAUGGCAACUCACUGCUGAGCAGCAUUGAGUGCUAUGAUCCCAUCAUUGACAACUGGGAAGUGGUAACCUCCCUGGGGAUGCAGCGCUGUGAUGCUGGAGUCUGCGUCCUUCGGGAGAAGUGA